UUGUUGUUGCUGCUGCUGGGCUUGCGUGCUUGAAGUCUGGGUCUUUAGUAGCUGACCACAGAUGGCGUCUGGUGGCGGGUACUUCCCACUUUCCCUCAGUACUUAACGUGGUCUCCAUUCCGAUGGUUCGGGUGCUUCACCGUUCCGAGCUACACUCCCUGGCGAAUGGUGCCAGUCGCUGUCAACAGCGUUAGGUGAACAGAUGCCCCUCUUUCCACAAAAUGCUGGAGUGCCACUCGAGUGACAGACCUGUCUAUUGUAAGUUCUGGGCUAGUGUUGAGGUCAUGUAGUCCCUGCACUCACCAAGUCCAUCUUUUGGUGGUGGACAUAGACCACACUAAUAAGGCCAUCGUUCAGAGGCUAUUGUGUGGGUCCAACCUAUUCGGGCUUACUGGAAAGCCUGUGGACGAGGUGAAUUUUGAGCCAAGACUUCCAUGACAAGAAACUACCCUACAGAACUUUCCAGAAGAGUGUUUCCGGCGGAACAUGGAGACACUGUUGAGAUCCAGUGUUUCUACUGUACAGGAUAUAGCUGAGGGGUAGUGAAAAAUGAGGAAGUGGUUAUGCAGAUGUAGGCAGGAGACACAUAAAUAUGGCAUUAUAGUUCAGGAUAAGAAGUUUGUACUGAAUUGUCGGUAGGACGUUGUAAACCAUUUAUAGGUACCUGUAGCCUUUGCCUUUAUAACCCUUCAGUUGCUUACAGUUAAAGAACACCUGGAAUGACAAGAAAAGGAAAUGAAAAUCAUCUGACAUCAUUCAGAUGCAAAAGUCUUAAUACAUAUUGUGAUUUCUCAAGUGAAGAUAUCUUCAGUUGGUUUUAUUAUCAAAGUUGACAAGCAGCAGUUGAAGGGAAGCUAACCCAAAUAAUUGCACUUGUUUAUUCAAGGUACCAUAAUUUUGGUUGGUUUCUCUUCAAGACACUUAUGAGACUUUAAAUCUUGCCCUGAAAAUGGAGAACAGAGUAAGGUCUUUCCCAGGAACUCUGGGCUACUGUUGAUGGCAGAAAUUGAACUUGCUCCAUGGUCGCUUGUAGCCCCUCAGUGUCAGCUCAGCCUGGACUAUCUUGAUCAUGGACAGUGGAUCACUUAAGCACGAUGGCCUCUGGGAGGAUAGAUCCAGCAGUGGCACCACUGUUGCCUCUGAGGCCCCCUUGAAGCCCCUGAACUCAUUGUCACCUGACCAACUAGACUCAACUCAGUGUGCCAGUGUUGAAAUAAACAGAGCUUCUAGGGAAGAAGGAAGCCCCAGUGUACCCGACCAGGGGGCCCUCUGUCAAAAUGGGCCAUCACUGCAGUUGUCAGAUUCCUCAUUGUGUCUUGAUCCCACCACAAGUCCAGUGGGUCCUGAUGCCUCUCCAGGUGUGGCUGGUUUCCAUGACAACCUAAGGAAGUCUCAGGGAACUAGUGCUGAGGGCAGUGUUAGAAAAGAAGCUUUGGAGUCUCUCAGGCUCAGUCUUCCCAUGCAAGAAACGCAACUGUGCUCCACAGCCUCUUCACUGUCCCUGGAGAAGGAGGACCAGGUCCGACUUCAGGCCCGAAAGCGGCUGGAAGAGCAGCUCAGACAGUACCGAGUGAAGCGUCAUCAGGAGAGGUCCAGUCAACCUUCAUCAAAAAUGAGACUUUUUAGCACACUUGAUCCUGAACUCAUGUUAAACCCAGAAACCUUACCAAGGGCCAGUACCGUGGCUAUGACAAAAGAAUACUCUUUUCUGCGUACCAGUGUCCCUCGGGGGCCUAAGGUGGGCAGCUUAGGGCUGUUGGCACAUCCUAAGGAGAAAAAGAGUUCGAAGUCAAGCAAAAUUCGGUCUCUGGCAGAUUAUAGAACUGAAGAUUCAAGUGACUCUGGUGGCCUUGGUUCUGCUGCCAACUCUGUUGGAGGCUCACUGAAGCAAAGCAGAAGCAGUACCUCAGUCGUAUCUGAGGUCAACCCAUCUCCUGAGACUAGUGACUGUGUAGAGAGCACCUUGCCAACUGGGGACACUAUGUUGGAGGCUGAUGGAAAUGAGAGUGACAGCUCUUCACACAGCAGCCUCUCUGCCCUUGGGGCCUGUGGUGUCUUGGUGAAUGUGAACACACAGGGGGCUCCCUGUGUGGUCAAUGGCCAGGAAUUGCCCUUGGGCCAGUUUCCUUCAAUUAAGGAUGUACUGCAAGCUGCAGCAGCUGAGCACCAAGACCAGAUGCAAGAAGUCAACGGGGAGGUACGGAGCCGCAGAGACAGCAUCUGUAGCAGUGUGUCUAUGGAAAGCUCUCUUGCUGAAACACAGGAUGAAAUGCUGCAGGUUCUUAAAGAAAAAAUGAGACUUGAAGGACAGCUGGAGGCUUUGUCAUUGGAAGCUAGUCAGGCACUUAAAGAGAAGGCUGAGCUGCAGGCCCAGCUUGCUGCUCUGAGCACACGACUGCAGGCACAGGUGGAACACAGCCAUAGUAGCCAGCAGAAACAAGAUUCUCUCAGUUCUGAAGUGGACACUUUAAAGCAGUCUUGUUGGGAUCUGGAGCAGGCCAUGACCGACCUGCAGAAUAUGUUGGAAGCCAAAAAUGCCAGCCUGGCAUCUUCAAACAAUGACCUGCAGGUGGCAGAGGAACAGUACCAGAGACUGAUGGCCAAAGUGGAGGACAUGCAGAGAAAUAUCCUUAGCAAGGACAACACAGUGCACGACCUUCGGCAGCAGAUGACAGCCCUACAGAGCCAACUCCAGCAAGUGCAGCUGGAGCGCACGACACUGACCAGCAAGCUUCAGGCAUCACAGGCUGAAAUUGCUUCUCUGCACCAUGCCCGGCAGUGGUACCAGGAACAGCUUGCCUUGGCCCAGGAGGCCCGGGUCAGGCUGCAGGGCGAAGUAGCUCAUAUCCAGGUUGGACAGAUGACCCAGGCUGGCCUGCUGGAGCACCUGAAGCUUGAAAACGUGUCCCUGUCCCACCAACUCACAGAAACGCAGCACAGAUCCAUAAAGGAGAAGGAGCGCAUAGCCGUCCAGCUCCAGAGCAUUGAGGCUGACAUGUUGGAUCAGGAAGCAGCUUUUGUGCAGAUUCGGGAGGCAAAGACAAUGGUGGAGGAAGACCUCCAGAGGAGGCUGGAAGAGUUUGAAGGGGAGCGGGAGCAGCUGCAGAAGUUGGCAGAUUCAGCAGCAUCUUUGGAAAAGCAUUUGGAACAGGUGAAGUUGACGCUGCACCAGCGAGACCAGCAACUUGCAGCAGUGCAGAAGGAACACCUAGAUCUGAUAAAGCAGCUCACCUCAACACAGGAGGCUCUGCAGGCCAAAGGGCAGUCCCUCGAUGACCUGCAGACACAUUAUGAGGAGUUGCAGGCAAGGCUGGAGGAGCUGCAGGGAGAUGCUGCCUCUAAGGAGGACACAAUUCGCUUCCUGCAGAAUGAGAAGAUUGUCUUGGAGGUGGCUCUGCAGGCAGCCAAGAAUGACAAGGAUGAACUUGACAGAGGAGCAAGGCGCUUAGAAGAAGACACUGACGAGACUUCAGGUCUUUUAGAGCAAUUGAAACAAGAGCUGGCCAUCAAGUCUAGCCAGGUGGAGCACUUGGAGCAGGAGGCAGCCUCACUGAGGAAGCAGAUGCAGAAGGUAAAGGAGCAGUUUCUUCAGCAAAAGGUAAUGGUGGAGGCCUACCGGCGGGAUACUACCACCAAAGACCAGCUCAUCAGUGAGCUCAAAUCCACAAAGAAGCGGCUAGAUUCAGAGAUGAAGGAACUGAGACAGGAGCUAAUCAAGCUGCAUGGGGAGAAGAAAGCUAUUGAAGUGGAGCACUCACACAUGCAAAAAGAAAUCUCCCUGGUUCACCAGCAAAUGGCAGAUCUUGAGAAGCAUCUUCUGUCAGUACAGAAGGAGCGAGAUGAGAUGGAGACACAGCUGCAGUCUUUGCAGUUUGACAGAGAGCAGAUGGUUGCCCUUACCGAGACCAAUGAAGUACUAAAGAAACAAAUAGAAGAGCUAAAUCAAGAGGCCAAGAAGGCCAUCACAGAACAGAAGCAAAAAAUGAAGCGAUUAGGCUCAGACCUGACUAGUGCCCAGAAGGAGAUGAAGACAAAGCACAAGGCCUAUGAGAAUGCUGUGAGCAUUCUUAGCCGCCGGCUGCAAGAGGCCUUGGCUGCCAAGGAGGCUGCGGACACAGAGCUAAGCCAGCUUAGAGCCCAGAGAGCAAUUGGUGGCAAUGACCCCACUCUACAGGAGAAGAUCCAGGCCUUGGAGGUGGAGCUUCAGAGUGUUGGCCAAAGCAAGAUGCUGCUGGAGAAGGAGCUUCAGGAAGUGAUAGCAAUGACUAGCCAGGAGUUGGAGGAGUCUCGUGAGAAGGUUUUGGAGCUGGAAGAUGAGCUUCAAGAAUCCAGAGGCUUCAGAAAGAAGAUAAAGCGCCUUGAAGAGUCAAAUAAGAAGCUGGCUCUUGAGUUAGAACAUGAGAGAGGGAAGCUCACAGGCCUUGGGCAGUCCAAUGCAGCUUUACGGGAGCACAACAGCAUACUGGAGACAGCAUUAGCCAAGAGGGAGGCUGAUCUGGUGCAGCUGAAUCUCCAGGUGCAGGCAGUUUUGUUGCGCAAAGAAGAAGAGGAUCGCCAAAUGAAGCAGCUUGUCCAGGCCUUACAAGCCUCGUUAGAGAAAGAAAAGAUGGAAGUAAACAACCUCAAAGAACAGGUGGCUGCUGCUAGGAUGGAAGCUGGACACAACCGCCGCCACUUCAAGGCAGCCACAUUGGAACUAAGUGAGGUGAAGAAAGAGCUGCAGGCCAAGGAGCACCUGGUACAGACACUGCAGUCCGAGGCCGACGAGCUCCAGAUUCGGGAAGGGAAACAUUUACAAGAAAUAACACAGUUCCAGGCAGAACUGGCAGAGACCCGGACCCGGCUCCAGCUCCUACAGCAGCAGCUGGAUGUACAACUAAGUCAGCAACCUGUGGGAAGCCAAGAGAUGGAAAAUCUCAAAUGGGAGUUGGAUCAGAAAGAUCGAGAGAUUCAGUCCUUGAAGCAGCAGCUGGAUUUGACAGAGCAGCAGGGCAAGAAGGAACUGGAGGGAACACAACAAUCCUUGCAGAAUACCAAGUCUGAGUUGGAGAUGGCUCAAGAAGAUCUGUUGAUGACCCAGAAGGAUAAAUUUAUGCUUCAAGCCAAAGUAUCUGAGCUGAAGAACAGCAUGAAGACUCUACUUCAGCAGAACCAGCAGCUCAAACUGGACCUCCGUCGAAGCACAGCCAAGAGGAAGGAGCCAAAAAGUGAGGCCAACUCCUCCAGCCCUGCAACACCCAUCAAGAUCCCUGACUGCCCUGUCCCAGCCUCGCUUCUGGAAGAGCUGCUACGACCCCCACCUGCCGUGAGCAAGGAGCCUCUCAAGAACCUGAAUAGCUGUUUGCAGCAGCUCAAGCAGGAGAUGGACAGUCUGCAACGCCAGAUGGAGGAACACACCAUCACUGUGCACGAGUCUCUGUCCUCAUGGGCUCAGGUGGAAGCUACCACUGGAGAGCACGCCCACCCCCGGGGAGACACAGAGCCACAUGAUCAAAGUAGGGCUCCCAGAGAAGGGCUGGAUCAGUGACCAUCACCAUCCUUGCCACCAAGUGUGGGCAGCUGUGUGAAGGAAUGUUCUUUUGUCAAUAUUAUUUAUUUGACGUUUUUCUAAGAUGAAGUGUAAAUUUUGCUUUUGCCUUUAGCAAGGAGUAAAAUAACAGAAUGAGAGUCAAGGAUGAGUCAUGAGUGAUGAUAGGUGAUGCCAGCAGCCAGGCCCUGGUAGGAAUUUUGCACAACAGAGUGUGUGGUCAGCAGUGCCUAGACCGGCUAGGAUGAUGUUUCUCACUUUUCUGUUUCACUCAGUAAGAGCUUUACUUUGCUGCAGUCUUAUUUUCACCUUUGGCUUUUUAUUUCAUUUGUUUCUUAAUAGCCAUCCCAUCAUAAGCUGUAUAUAUAAUGAAAAUCUCUUAAAAGCCUAUGCCUAUAUUAUUUAAGGAAGGAUCUAAUUGUCUGCAUUGAUGGCAUUUUGAAAAAUCUGCUGUUGGUAAUUGUACAUGUAGGAUGUCAUAAAGUUUUAUUUUAGAAAUAUUACUUUAUUUAUAUUCUAAAACCAAAUAUUCUUGCACAGAAAAGGUUUCUUGUUUUAGUUUUUCUUGACAGUCUUUUCUUCUGUCAAUGUCUUUGUAACUCAUAGCACUGACCUGUUAAGGCCACUAGUCUGUGUGGUCACUACCCACCUUGGCUGACUGUCACCAGGUAAGACUAAGUCAGACCCUUGAUUGGGCUCAGUGGCCAUCAGGAAACACAAGGACCUGAUGUCCCCACAAGCUGAUCUGACAUUUGGGGAGUGCAGAGACCUGAAGGAGAGUGGAAGAGGCUUUAAACUCAUCUAUGGACUGUAGGCUACACCUCCAUGCUCCAUGAGAUGGUGUUUACUCAAACCUGUGAAUGCCUGUUGGCAUUCAGGAGAGGCCCCGGGCCCUUGGAGCAUGCUAGUGUUAGCUAAAGUCAUAGGUAGUACUAUGUCUGGAAGAAAGUGUUGGUGAUCCCAUGAGACACAGGUGGUUAAGAGACUAUGCUCUGCUUGAAGUCCAGCACCUACUUCAUGAGAUUUCCCUGGGAUUUGCUUCUUACCUAACAUGAUAAAGCUACAGAUGUGGACUGACAGAAUUGAAGUCUUUAAGUUUCCCCCUGGUUUGGUAAGAAAAUCUAAAAUGAAACUUGUAAUGAGUUAGGAGGGAAGGAAAGAAGGAGGGUCUAGGUGGUUUGUGCAAGCAGAUCUGAUAUGAAAGUGAAGUUCUAAAUGUUACUGAUCAACCCUGUUCAUAGAAUACCUGUGACUACUUCGUUGAAAAAAAAGUAUGGAAUUUUUAAGUUGUGUUCUCUUGUUAUAGUGUUAGAAGGUUAACUGAUGUAGUUAAAGGAUUAACUUUAAAGAUGUUUGGUGUUUUAAAAAUAUCCCCUAGAAAGUAUCAGAACUUUUAAAUGUGUAUAUCAUUUAUUCAGGGUUAAUCUUGAAAUAAUACUUGAAAACUUCAUUUUAAAUAUGCCCUACUUUUUACCUUAAAUUGGAAAUUGUUUUUUGUGCACGUACUGGGGCUUGAACUGAGGACCCAGGCACUGUUGCUUAGCUUUUUUGCUCAAAGCUGGUGCUCUACUAGAGCCACAGCUAACUUCCAGGAAAUUGUUUUAACUACAUCGUUCUUGUACCAAUAGAAAAGAUGGUAAUUUACAUUCUUAUUUAUUUUGCUUCUGUUAUCUUGUUUCAAGAAAUAAUACCUGGGCUUGUUCUGAGGCAGAAUUUUUCUCUCUCCAUGCUCAUGUCGCUGAGUGAGUGGGAUUCACUAUUUUUCUCUUAGGAGAAGAUAAACUCAUUCUCACUUAAUUUACCAAGUGUAAGUCUUUCUCCUGUCUUCAUCCCUUUCUUUUGUCCUUACCCCUUUUCUUUUGCUCUGAUGUCCUGAGUAUGUGUUUUUACAUCCUCAGAAAUGGCAACUCCUUUAGGCCUUGCCAUCUUUCUGUGUCUGUCAGGGCCACAUUGGAUCCAUGAAGGGCCUAGCCUGUCUUAGCUCCAGCCUCUGUCCAUCUUUGUGCUUCGAUUUUUAUGCACACCUACAGUUUUGGAUCAGAGGCUUCCUACAUUCAAUUGGUAUAGAGAUACUGAAAAGGCUAUAGACCAGUAGUCACUGUAUUCCUCUGUUCAUGAAUAUUUCCCUAAACAAAAAUAAGGUGUCAUGUAGAUUCUGGAAAUGAAAGGGACCAGUGUAUUUGAAACAAAAAUGCCCUAAAGUCUUUCUUCCAAAGACCCCAGUAACAUUAGUAACCCUGAGGUGUGAGACAGAAUGAGCCUUAACCUAAUACACCUAUAGUUUUUUUUUUUUUUUAAAUCUCAUUUUAUAGUGGUCUCAGGUUCUGAUAGGAUCCAUGGAUUGAUGCUUUAGGAGGGUCUGAAAAAUUCAGCUGUUUUGUUCCUAUUUAAAAAAAUUUUUUCUUCAAAAAGCCCUCAGGUUGGGGCUUUCCUAGAAAAGGUGUUACCAUGUGUCACAGUUUGUGUCACAGAUUGUAACUUUAAAAAGCAUGUUGAUUUUUUAAUGAAUAUAAGCGUGCUUGGGAAUUCCUUAAAUUUUGUGCAAUAAACUAUUUUUGGUAAAGGUUUUC